CAGUAAUUCUUCCCAGCCAGCAGGUGGUGGUGUUUUCAUGUUAAGUUUGUUAUUGAACAGUAGAAUCAGUUCAGAAACACAUGUAUAAUGGCUGACAGAGGCAGUUUAUCAGUCUUCAUUUAAUCAUUCUUCAUCCUGUUUUGUUGUUUAGAGAAAGCACUGCUUUUCACUCUUUUGGCAAUUGAAAGCAACGUCAAUUAAAGGGACAUACGCCUGACAAUCGUCUGAGAGUUUAUCUAUCUGCACAACUGUUACUUGGAAACACAGUGGGGGCAGAACAAUCAUUGUAGAAGCCUAAAUUCAGUUUUUGUUCAUUCAGACUUUAGGAUAAGUUAUGUUUAUAUUUCUUAUUAUAAUUUGUUUAUUUGGAUAAAAAUGUUAACUAGUUGGAUCUAUUGCAUAGUAAUUUACUAUAUUUGGAUACACUAAUGUCUUGCAAAUUUUCAUAAGAAGUCAAUUGAAAUUCAGGAGAUGCUGUUGAGUCAGGAAACUCCUUUAGAACUGCAGGUGAUGGAGACCCAGCUUAGGAAGAGAAUGGAACAGGUGAAGGAGUUAUUCACUGACUGCACAGAUAUUUUUGAGGAGAUCAGAGUUGUCAGAAAGCAUCUGUCUGAGAAGAUAAAGGAGUGUCGGACAGGUGUGGAAAACAUCCAGAAUUGUCUGAGUAAAAUUGAGGCUUCGGAUGCAAAAGCAGAAGCCCAAAUACAGGACCUAGACGCAGACCUGAGUUCUCAGGAAGAGUACGUGGAAACUGUGUUGAAAGAAGUGGGCUUGGUGUCCAGUGCCCCCAGUUCACCGGUACUGGAGGAACUAUCUAAUGACUGCAGCAGUCUAAGAGAGGCCAUCGCGCAUACCAAAGACAUAAUCCACCUGAAGAGGGAGGAGAGAGACCUGUUCAAGGUCAUCACCGGCUUCGUUCUCUGAUAGACUUGGAGGACAGUUUGAGCAACUGAGGAGGUUUCCGUGAGUUUUUGACGAGGAACUCACUCCUUCACGCGGUGGAGCAGCACAACAGGCAGACGCAGCAGAGCAUCUCCCAGAGGAUGGACGGCGCCUUCAGCAGCCUGCAGCGCAGCGUGCAGCAUCACAGCGCCGCCCAUGACCGCAUGCUGACCGGCUACGCCCACGCCGUGGACGGCCUGCUGAUGGGUUUGGACCGGGCGGUUCUGGAGCGGCAGCGGGCGGAGCUGCAGGAGCAGCUGGAGGCGGUUCAGCAGCUGGUCCGAAGCUUCCUGCUGGAGGAGCUGCAGCAGGACGUUCCUACUGGUGUGACUCCUUGUUUAUGAAAGGGUUCUGAAGAAGAGCGUCAGGCGCAGCAAGCUGCUGAGGAUGAGGCAGAAGGAGGCGGAAGAAGGACAGCAGGAGGGAGACCAGGUCCAAAAUGGCGGACAGCAAAGGCCAGGGCCCUCCAUAAAGUCGCCGCUGCGCUAAGGAGAACUGAACCUGCCGCAUGUAAUAUGUAAUAUUUCACGUGUAAAAAUAUUUGUGUAAAAGAAACAUUUCUGUUUGUUUUUUAGUCAAGUUAUUUUGUAAUUUUAAUUUGUAAUAAAACUUGACUCAUUUAAA